AUGGAGCCGAUACAGCUUGGAAUCCAUGUGGUGCAGUCUGUAAUAGCAUUGAUCAUUCUAGGGUGCUCAAUCUAUGGGGUCACUAUAGCUUCGACCACAACAGGCUUCGGGCUUGCCAUUUUCACGGCCAUUGCAACGAUCCUAGUUGCCAUUUACAUUCUUACCGCAUCUUUCAUUGCCAAGAGCAUUUACAAACUCUGGCUUCUCGUUGGAGCCAACUGUGUCACGGCGAUCUUUUGGAUUGCGACAAUCGGUACAUUGGCAUCGCAACAACGGUGGAAUCAUGAAUGCCAAUACAAUCACGGGCAUUGCUAUAGGAAGCGCGAUGGAAACGACAGUCAUGGCGUGCACGCCGCAACGAUUGCGCUUAGCGUUAUUGACGGCCUCCUGUCGGUCGUUUCUAUUGGGUACAGUCUAUGGGCCAAAAAGAAUCACCGAACGAAGACUCCUGCAACUGAGUGA